CUCCACCACCACCACCCCCGCGUCGUCGUCACCAUUCGUCCAUCCGUUCGCUCUCCUCCCCUCCGCCGUCGCCGUCACCGUCACCCUCCUCGUCGUCGUCGUCACGCGCCACCGUCGCCAUCCAUCCGUCGCCGCUGCCGCCCCACUCGCAGCGAAAGAAAAACCGAAACGAACCCGAUCCGAGAUGGCGCCCGCACACCGAGGCCCCCAUGGCGUCGCCUCCAACCGCCUCCGCCUCCGCCAGUGAGGCCGCGGAAUCCGGCAGGCGGAGCGCGCCGGGGCCGAUCGACGUGCCGAGCCCGAGGGACCACCUGCACCACCUCCUCGACCGACGUGACACGCCGCGGGUCGUGCACGUGGAGGGGACGACGAUGCAGCGGCAGCGUGGGGAGGCGGCGGGUGACGCGGGGGCGGCGGCGGCGGCGAAGCCCGAGGUGAAGCUGGUGACCGGGGAUGGCGGGUACGUGCUCGAGGACGUGCCGCAUGUGUGCGACUACCUCCCCGAUCUACCGACAUACUCAAAUCCACUGCAAGAUAACCCGGCAUACUCGGUUGUGAAGCAAUACUUUGUAAACCCAGAUGACACUGUCUGCCAGAAGGCCAUUGUUCACAAGGAUGGCCCUAGAGGCAACCACUUCCGUCGUGCUGGGCCUCGACAGAGGGUGUUUUUUGAAUCGGAUGAGGUCCAUGCAUGCAUUGUCACAUGUGGAGGACUGUGCCCUGGACUGAACACUGUCAUUAGGGAAAUUGUAUGUGGCUUAUAUGACAUGUAUGGUGUCAGUAGGGUACUUGGAAUUCAGGGUGGGUAUAGAGGUUUCUAUGCUUGUAACACCAUUGACUUGAGUCCAAAGAGUGUAAACGACAUUCACAAAAGGGGUGGAACUGUUCUUGGGACAUCACGUGGAGGCCAUGACACCAUGAAGAUUGUUGACAGCAUCCAGGAUCGUGGUAUAAAUCAGGUUUAUGUAAUUGGUGGUGAUGGUACUCAAAGGGGUGCAGGAGUGAUUUUUGAAGAGAUUAGAAGACGUGGUCUCAAGGUUGCUGUUGCUGGCAUUCCAAAGACGAUUGAUAAUGAUAUACCAGUAAUUGACAGAUCAUUUGGUUUCGACACUGCAGUUGAGGAGGCCCAACGUGCAAUAAAUGCUGCUCAUGUAGAAGCUGGAAGCGCCGAGAAUGGUAUAGGCCUCGUAAAGCUAAUGGGUCGACACAGUGGUUUUAUUGCACACUAUGCUACUCUAGCCAGCAGAGACGUGGAUUGUUGCUUGAUUCCAGAGUCACCUUUCUAUCUGGAAGGUGAAGGUGGCCUUUUUAGAUAUUUGGAAAAGCGUCUGAAGGAGAAUGGUCAUAUGGUUAUCGUUGUUGCGGAGGGUGCAGGGCAGAAACUUAUUAAUGAAACAAAGGAAUCAAUGGGGAAAGAUGCUUCAGGCAAUUCGAUUCUUCUUGAUGUUGGUCUUUGGUUAUCUCAAAAGAUAAAAGAGCAUUUCAAGAAAAUCAAGACUACUAUAAAUCUCAAGUAUAUAGAUCCUACAUACAUGAUACGUGCCAUUCCUAGCAAUGCAUCUGACAAUGUGUAUUGCACACUGUUGGCACACAGUGUGGUUCAUGGAGCCAUGGCUGGAUACACUGGUUUCACUGUUGGCCAAGUAAAUGGUCGGCAUUGCUAUAUCCCGUUUUACAGGAUCACAGAGAAGCAGAACAAAGUUUCAAUUACUGAUAGGAUGUGGGCAAGACUUCUCUCCUCAACCAACCAGCCAAGUUUCCUCAGCAAGAAAGAUGUGGAGGACGCAAAGAUGGAAGAAGAGAGAGCAUCCAAGUUUUUCGAUGGGCCGCCUCCCAACCCCAAGGUUGAAGACAAAGUCGCUUCCAAUGGCAAGGCUGUGAAGUGAGGCAGAAGGCUACUGAUCUAUUAUGUGCAGAUGGAUUAAUUAUUACUCAAUAAUGUCAGUAAUCUAUCUAUGGCUAGUGAGAUGGAUUAGUAAAUAAUAUUAGUAUAUCUAUGGCAAGUGAUGCUCAGCUCUUCCUGUCCAAAUUAAAAUGCCGAGAAUAGAUCUCCUCUAGCAGGUUAUCGUCAUUAUAUUUAUGUUACUGCUGUUUGCUUGCUGUUUAUGGUAGGCAUCUCUUGGAAUGCUAUAAUUUUUUUUCACAUCUAAUGUGAUAUGUCUAUAUUGCGGUAAUGUUCAAGAACCAUGGAACAUUGUUCAGAUGUGCAGUAAAUUAUUAACUUGUUCCGAA